ACACGAUACCCCGCCAUGAGCACCCAGAAAUCCGCCGAGAUUGCAAAGUCACUGCCGCCGCGCCUGCUGCGCUUCUUCCAGAAAUAUCCACCACCCGCCCUGUUUCCAGACCUUGCAUCUCGACUUCCAACAUCACCAGCGACAGCGAGCACCAGCCCCAAUGCCAAUGCCAAUGCCUCCGUGAGCGAGACGUCUGCGCCAGCCGCCACGCCGAUACCCUCAAACGCACCCUCAAACUCCGACAUCCCGCCCGAGGCGCACAAUCUUCCCUAUCCAAAUCCAUUUCUCCCCCACAAGAACUUUGUUACCGGACGGUGGCAGUCGCCUGCCUAUGGGCUGCGCAAGCAAGCCAGCCUCGUCAAGCUUGCCGCUGAGCAUGGUGUUGUCGACCUCCUCCCGUGGACCAUCAAGAAGCCUGGCGAGAAGGAGCGACGGCGAGUAGAACGAGGUCUGCAGGUCAAGGGAACGGGCGAGGGACAAAAGGUCAAGGGAAAGCUAUGGGAACGGACGCUCAAGGGACGCUUGGAGAUGAGGAGACAGGCCAUGCUGAACAUGCCGGCUUUGAUUCAAGAGUGGAAGCAAAAGGGCCACGGCAGAGGCUGGAAGAAGUGGCCGAGUGGAAAGGCCAAAUAGGCCCAUGGACCCUCGAGUGCCCGAGGGCGACCUUUUAUCCAUGUAGUAUAUGUGAAUUGAAUUUAUUUCAUCACACCGAAGACAUGAGUGGCCUAGCGGAAAGGCAGAACAGGCGCAUCGAUCAUGAAGUAUCGGAGGGCGGCAUCUUAUCACGGCGUAGUAUAUGUGAAUUGAAACUAUGGGCGUCAUGGACUCGAAGGCUGAAAAAAAAAGUUGCUAACUGGGUAUCCUCC